AACGAAGUCAACUUGUCAUCGAAAUACUUAUAGCAAAAAUAAUCAAAACAAACCAAAAUUAUGCAGUAAAACAGAAGAAUUAUAGUAUAAUUAAUACAAUUAUGUCAAUAGUUUUGAUUCGGAGUUUAUAUCGGCAACAUAGAUUUAUAAGACAAGUACCGGUUGUCCAUAAAUUACACGUAAAUUUUUCUAGUGAUAAUAAACCAAAAGUGUCUGAAGUGAAAUCUCUAGUUGAUACAGCCGAUAAACAUAAGAAAUACAGUCGCGAAAAUGUUCGUCUUUAUGUUUUUACAAGGUUCUUUGACUACAUCCAGAACUAUGAUAAGGUGCUGGAAAAGAAUUUUCCAAGUGCUAUGCAUGUCUAUCGUGUAUUCAUGAUCGGCGUUAAAGAUUUCUAUGCAGAUAUGAAGAAAUUUUUCAAAAUAACUACUAUCGCUAAUAGCAGAGGAAUCAAAGCAUUAACAAGAAAGGAAAUGGAACUAAUGCAUCAAACACCAAAAGACAUAAUGAAAGUUGCACCUGUGUUGCUUAUUGCCGCCCUACCUUUCGCCAAUUAUGUGAUAUUUCCAAUUGCAUACAUGUAUCCUCGUACAUUUCUUACUUCACACUUUUGGAAUCUUCAGCAACGAGUCGAAUUCCAGGAACUAUACCUCAAAGAUCGAACACAUUAUAACAGAAAGAUUUUCCGGAAAUUACAAGAGAGACUUGACUCUACCAAAUUAUCAAGAUGUCAUAAAGAAUUUAACUAUGUAUUAGGACUAUUAGGAAGUGGAUUGCAUCCUUCAUCGAGUGAAAUCAUUGAAAUUAAAGAUAUUUUUCUACAUAGACCCUUUCAUAUCGACAGUUUGUCAUCAUCUCAUUUAACAUAUCUCUGUAAGCUUCAUGGCAUUCAUACUUUGUAUUUAAAACGAGUAAGACUUUCCGAGCACUGUUACAUGAUGCAUAAUAUGGACUUAGCGAUAAAGAAUGAAGGUGGUGUACAUAAUUUAUCAAUUGAUGCUUUAACAACAGCUUGCUAUUUACGUGGAUUAAACCCUGUAAGUUUGCCACAAGAGGAAAUGAUUCAAUGGCUUCAAGAAUGGCUAACAGUUUCCUUAAACAUUGGAACUGAAUACAUCAGUUUAUAUAUACAUUUACCAAUUCUAUUGACCUAUAAUCAUCCGAAUAAUUGGAGAUUGACUCAUAAAUGAAAACGGGAAUCAAAGAAAUAACUUAGUCUAGUCUGUUUGUCUUUGUUUUUGGAAAUAAAUCAUUUUCUUUUUAUUUUAUUAAUUUAUUGGCAUCAUAAAGCUCUUUUCCAUAAAAUUUGAACGACUUGUGGAUUACGGAAAAAAAUAAUGUUAUCAGCUACUUACCGUAACAUCCGUCUGAUAAAGAAGCGUAUUAAAAAAAGACAAAAAUAAAAAAAAAUCACAGAAAUAUUCUGUUGAACUUAACGGAACCAAAGCUAAAUUUUGAUGAAAUCUGGCAAUGAAGGAGCAGUCUUGGUAAGCUUAGGUAUAUUUUGAAUUACUUGAGACGAUGAACUAGAUUCUUCAAAAUACCGUGCAUCUGUUGUUGGUUGCGGUGUAAUUGGAGUAUUCGA